AUGUGCCAUGUUUGUUUACAGGUGUAUCGCCAUGGCGACCGGUCGCCUGUUCUGAGCUUCCCUAACGACAACAACACAGAGGACACCUGGCCACAGGGCUUCGGGCAACUCUCACAGGAGGGGAUGCGUCAGCACCAUGAGUUGGGGACGUUCCUAAAAGACAGAUACGUGAAACCUGACUUCCUCAACUCCUCAUAUAGCAGAUAUCAGAUCCAUGUACAGAGUACAGAUGUAGACCGGACCCUGAUGAGUGCUCAGGCGGACCUGUCUGGUCUCUUCCCACCGGCCGGGGACCAGGUCUGGAACCCAGACAUCGACUGGCAGCCUAUCCCUGUACACACCAGGCCAGUAAAAACAGACGAGGUACUCCGACCGAUGGACGUUCCGUGUCCGAAGUACACCAAACUGACGGCAGAAUUCCUGCAGACUGACCCGGAACUGAAGAGACUAGAGGAGGAGAACAAAGAGUUUCUUGCAAACGUGACGCGCUGGGCUAACUGGAGCUCCCCGCAACAUGUCAUGGACACCUGGCAAACUGCUGACCCCCUGCACUGCGAGAAAGCCCACAACAGGCCGUUGCCGGGGUGGGCCACGCCCGAGGUUUACGCCCGGUUACAGGAGCUCUCUGCCUUCGGGAUGUUUUCUCUGUUCAGGGGGAAGGAACGAAGCCGGCUCACAGGAGGAACCCUGCUGGGAGAAAUGGUGAAGAACAUGACACAAGCGAAGGAAGGGACGCUUCCCGACAGCAGACUCAAACUCAUCAUGUACUCUGCUCAUGACACCACCCUAGCUGCCCUGCACUCUGCACUGGGGACCGUCAACUCUCUACAGCCACCCUACGCAUCAUGUGUCAUGGUCGAGCUGUACAGGGAGGAUUCUGGUGAGUUCACAGUAGAGGUGUGGUACAGAAAUGACACCUCCCGCGAUCCAUACCAGCUGACUGUGCCAGGCUGCCCAAACCCCUGCAGCUACACACAGUUCCUCAAUGCCACACGAGACUCCGUUCCUGUGGACAGGGCAAAGGAGUGUCAGCUUGGGGUCACAGACAUCUGGACUAUACAGGUGAUCGCUGGGGUGGCGGCCGGAGCGUUUAUCGUCAUGGCGAUCGGUAUCUUCGUGCUGGUUGGCUGCGUGCGGCGGUACAAGCGUCGGGACCAGUACCUGCGAGACUGGGGCUCCAGCGAAACCAUCUGACUCAUGGACAUCGACAGGGAGGACCUCGAAGACGUCCUGUUUGAGGCUAAACCUGGGGAAACAGACGGCCUGGAGGAUGGAAGGGUUUGAGGCUAUGUGCAGGGCUCGAAAAUUUAGGCUGGGACAACUAAAAAGACACUUUGGGACAUUUUGGGGACUCUAGAAAAAUAAUCAACAUCAGAAUGUC